AUGGAAGAGGAGCUGAAGUGCCCGGUGUGCGGCUCGCUGUUCCGGGAGCCCAUCAUCCUGCCCUGCUCGCACAAUGUCUGCCUGCCCUGCGCCCGCACCAUCGCCGUGCAGACCCCGGAGAGCGAGCAGCACCUGCCGCCCCUGCUCCACUCGCGGGGCCCCGCGCCGCCCGCAGCCGCCGCCGCGCCGGGAGCGGGGCCGGGAGCGGCCGCGGGCUCCGCCGCCUGCCUGGACUCGGAGAGCGCGGCGGGCGGCGGCGGCGGCGGGGACCACGCGGACAAGCUGAGCCUGCACAGCGAGACCGACAGCGGCUACGGCUCCUACACCCCCAGCCUGAAGUCCCCCAAUGGCGUGCGGGUGCUGCCGCUGGUGCCCGCGCCCCCGGGGGCGGCGGCGGCUCCGCGGGGCGCCGGCCCCGCCAGCUCCUCCCUCACCUGCCCGCAGUGCCACCGGAGCGCGUCCCUGGACCAGCGCGGGCUCCGCGGCUUCCAGCGCAACCGGCUGCUGGAGGCCAUCGUGCAGCGCUACCAGCAGGGCCGCGCCGCCGCCGCCGCCGCCGCCAAGUGCCAGCUGUGCGACCGCAGCCCGCCCGAGCCGGCCGCCGUGCUGUGCGAGCAGUGCGAGGUGCUGUACUGCGCCGCAUGCCAGCUCCGCUGCCACCCGGCCCGCGGGCCCUUCGCCAAGCACCGCCUGGUCCCGCCGCCCGCACACCCGGGCGCCCCCGGCGGCGGCGCGGACGGCGGCGGCGGCGGGAAGGGGGCGGGCGGCGGCCGCAAGCUGCCGACGUGCGCCGAGCACGACCUGGAGAACUACAGCAUGUACUGCGUGAGCUGCCGCAGCCCCGUCUGCUACCAGUGCUUGGAGGAGGGCAAGCACAGCAAGCACGACGUGAAGGCCCUGGGAGCCAUGUGGAAGCAGCACAAGGCACAGCUGUCUCAGGCUUUAAAUGGUGUUUCAGAUAAAGCAAAGGAAGCUAAAGAAUUUUUGGUUCAACUGAAAAAUUUAUUGCAGCAGAUCCAGGAGAACGGGCUGGAUUACGAAGCCUGCCUUGUGGCUCAGUGUGAUGCCCUGGUUGACGCGCUAACACGGCAAAAGGCAAAACUGCUCACAAAGGUCACCAAGGAACGGGAGCACAAGCUGAAGGUUGUUUGGGACCAGAUAAAUCACUGUACACUGAAGCUACGCCAGUCAACAGGGCUUAUGGAAUACUGCUUAGAAGUUAUCAAAGAAAAUGAUCCCUCUGGGUUUUUACAGAUUUCAGAUGCUUUAAUCAAGCGUGUUCAGGUAUCUCAGGAACAGUGGGUCAAAGGAGCCUUGGAGCCAAAAGUAUCUGCUGAGUUUGACUUGACUCUGGAUAGUGAACCUUUACUGCAGUCAAUUCACCAGCUGGAUUUUAUUCAGAUGAAAUUGCCACCUGUCCCAUUACUGCAGCUGGAAAAGUGUUGCACCAGGAACAACAGUGUGACGUUGGCCUGGAGGAUGCCACCUUUGAGCCACAACCCAGUGGAGGGUUAUAUCUUGGAACUUGAUGAUGGAGAUGGUGGCCAAUUCCGAGAGGUAUAUGUUGGAAAGGAGACUCUCUGCACCAUCGAUGGCCUUCAUUUCAACAGCACUUACAAUGCCAGAGUCAAAGCUUUCAACUCCUCGGGCGUUGGUCCUUACAGCAAGACAGUCAUUUUACAGACGUCGGAUGUGGCAUGGUUCACCUUUGACCCCUCCUCAGCUCACAGGGACAUAGUGCUGUCGAAUGACAACCAGACUGCCACCUGCAACAGCUACGAUGACCGGGUGGUUCUGGGCACUGCCGCCUUCUCCAAGGGCGUGCAUUACUGGGAGCUGCACGUGGACCGCUACGACAACCACCCGGACCCAGCCUUUGGCAUUGCCAGGAUUAACGUGGUCAAGGACAUGAUGCUGGGCAAGGACGACAAGGCGUGGGCCAUGUACGUGGACAACAACCGCAGCUGGUUCAUGCACUGCAAUUCCCACACCAACCGGACCGAAGGAGGAGUUUCUAAAGGUGCCACCGUUGGUGUUCUCCUGGAUCUGAACAAGCACAACCUGACCUUUUACAUCAAUGGGCAGCAGCAGGGGCCUCCAGCAUUUGAGAACAUCGAGGGUGUCUUCAUGCCUGCACUGAGCCUCAAUCGAAACGUCCAGGUGACCCUGCACACAGGACUGGAAGUGCCACAAUCUGUAAAACAGCCCAAGUUGCCCAACAACUAG